GAUACGCACACGCACACGCGUACGCGACACGCUCAUCCUUCUCGCUGCUUGCUCCCUUUGCAUGACGAGCACCACAGUCGUGAGUCAAGAUUCAAAUCGGGUGCAGCUGCGCACGCUCGCCCCGCUCCGAGAUCGCCUCAGAGGAGCCGCGCGCAAGAGGCCCGCCAGCCAAACGUCACCGCACCACGCGACUUGCCCAUUGCGCGCGCCAACCCCCCCUCUCCCAAGCGCUUGCUUCACCAUGCAAAGACACGGAGGCAGGUUCGUGGCGAAUCUCGAUAGCGAGGCUAAAAAGUUGCCCAGGGAGCCGGUAGUCGUCUGGAGGAGACAGCGCGUAUCUGCGGCAUCGGCAGGAGCGGAUAGCAGCAGCAGCAGCAGCUCGUCCUACAAGAUGCUCAAAUGGGUCAAUACGGGACACACUGUCACAUUUCCCGAGAGCGCAGACGAACCUAGAGGUGAAGAAGCGCAGGCUGAAGUAGCUGCUGUAGAAGCAGAAGCGCUUGCCCAAGCAGAAGCUCAAGCAGUCCAAGUGCAGGCAGAAGCAGAAGCAGCAGCUACGCACAGUCACAACAGCGGCCACACGAGCGCAGAUACGCCCAUGGACCUUCAUGAUCGGAUCGGUCAAGCGAGCGGAGAUGCGAGCAGCGGCGGUGCGCCGUUUGUGGAUGGUACGGGAGCUGCGAUGCAAGUGGAUGAGCAAGUCGAUCUUGGCGCGCCUCCCGCAUCGACCGGUGUGCAGCCCGUCUCGCAAUCCAUCACCCAAUCAUCCACUCCUCUGCCCCCGAGCAGCACCGUUCAUGCUCGGUCACGAGGAGCUGCUCGUUGUGAAGCGAACUGUCCGCUCGGUUUGCUCCCAUGUAACAGUAGUAUCCGUGCACAUGCCCGUAAACAAUACAGCUUAUCCAGAACGGGCACACGCAACCUUUGCAGCGCCCCCCAGCCACGGAAAUCACGAGCAACGCGGAUGAGACAGUCAUGACAUUAGAGAAGGAGAGGAGAUGGGUCAAAAGCCCAAGGAAGCACAAAGAGCGGCGGCGGCGGCGGCGGCGGCUCGAUGCGCGCUUCCCGUCGGGUGCUUGCCGUAGACUCAGAUACGAGGAACAUUGUUUUCCGCUACGCGACA